AUGCCUGCCGAAACCCUCACUCGUGCCGAGGUCGCGAAACACAACACCGAGGAUUCCCUCUGGUGCAUCAUCGACCACCGCGUGUACGAUCUCACCGAUUUCGUCGACGCCCACCCCGGUGGGAGCGUGGUGCUGGCGCAGGUCGCCGGCCAGGAUGCCACUGUCGAUUUCUACAACCUGCAUCGCCAGGAGGUGCUCGAGAAGUACCGGGACCAGCUCUGCAUUGGUAACCUGGAGGGCGAGAAGCCCGAAGUCAUCGAGCCCAAGCCGGGCGCUCUCAGUCCCGUUCCCUACGCAGAGCCGUUGUGGCUGCGCCCACAGUUCAAGAGCCCGUAUUUCAAGGAGAGCCAUCGCCGUCUGCAACGGGCGAUCCGCGAAUUCACCGACCUACAUGUGACGCCCGAAGCGCAGGAAAAGGAAAAGGAUGGCACCUUUAUCAGCCAGGAGCUCAUCAACAAGAUGGCCGAGAACGGCGUGUUGGCCAUGCGACUGGGCCCGGGCAAACACCUCCACGGCAAAACCCUGCUGGGCGGCGCAGUCGAUGGCAAGGAGUUUGACUACUUACAUGAUAUGAUUGUGACCCAGGAGCUAGUGCGCGCCAAUGCCCGUGGUUUCCAAGACGGCAAUAUGGCCGGUAUGGCCAUUAGUUUGUCGGCCGUGAAGGAGUGGCUGCGUAACCCAGCGCUGAAGGAGCAAGUCACCGCCGAAGUCCUUUCUGGACAGAAGAAGAUGUGUCUUGCCAUCACCGAGGCCUUUGCCGGUAGCGAUGUUGCUGGCCUGAAGACCACGGCGGAGAAGACCCCAGAUGGCAAGCACUAUAUUGUCAACGGUACCAAGAAAUGGAUCACCAACGGCAUGUUUGCCGACUAUUUCGUGACGGGCUGCAAGACCGAGAAGGGCUUCUCGGUGCUCCUGAUCCCCCGUGGGGAAGGUAUUGAGACCAAGCAGAUAAAGACUUCCUACUCAACCGCCGCCGCCACAGCCUACGUGCAAUACGAGAACGUCAAGGUGCCCGUCGAGAACCUGCUGGGCGAAGAGCACAAGGGUUUCAUCGUGAUCAUGAGCAACUUCAACCACGAGCGGUUCAUGAUGGUUGCGGCCGUGGUGCGCAUGUCGAUGACGAUUGUUGAGGAGUGUCUGAAAUGGUGCAACCAGCGUAUCGUCUUCGGCAAGAAGCUUGUCGAGCAACCAGCCAUCCGCCAGAAGCUCGCCCGGAUGAUCUCUCUCACCGAAUCUUGCCAGGCAUGGCUUGAAUCGAUUGCCUACCAGAUGUGCAACAUGUCCUACGCGGAGCAGUCGGCGCACCUGGGCGGGCCAAUCGGUCUGCUCAAGUCCCAUGCUACUCGAUCGGCCCAAGAGAUCGCUGACCACUCCACCAACAUCUUCGGUGGACGUGGCUUGACUCAGACCGGCAUGGGUAAGGUUAUUGAAAUGUUCCACCGUACAUACAAGUUCGAUGCCAUUCUUGGAGGCACGGAGGAAAUUUUGGCCGAUUUGGGAGUCCGACAGGCGAUGAAGAAAUUUCCCAAGGCGAUGCUGUAG